UUAGCCUUCAGUGAUGCCAGAGCAAUUGAUUAGGCUCUUCAAAGAAUAACCUCAGCAGCAGGGAGGGACAGGCCCAGCAGUCAGCUGGCUCAGGCACCAGGGAAACAGGAAGAAGAGGGAUCAGAUGGAGCAGAAGCACCAGCAGUAGUGCCACAAACGUCUGCUGUUUGGAGGCUGUUUGAUGAAAGAGCAACUGGGUCAGAAAUGUGCGAGUGAAAAAAUGUGAGGUUGCCAGGGUUACAGUGCAGAAUGUGUCUCAUGCUGAGGCAGUGAGGAAAGGAGAUGUUGAUGGGAAAAGAGUGAGGCCGGGUGAGGGAGCCUGAGAGGAUCCCUGUGACUCGUAGGCCAGAACAGUGACCAGGACAGUUUGUACUUUAGUAAGUUUGGUUUAUUAUCAUUUAUUACUAAGGUCAUUAAUUGUACCACAAAGAUGUAGAAGAAAUCCCAGAAGAUAGGUUUGGUAGUAGCAGCAGCAGAAAAGUUUUUGGGUGUCAGAUUUGAGUGCAAAAGAACUAUACAGGGUUUUGAGAGAAGGGGUUCCAGCCUCCCAAGCCGACGGCCUAUGGUGGGAAAUAUGUAGGGUUAGAUGGUGGUGCCCUUUUUUCGUGAACAAAAUGUGCAAUUCAAUCUCUGACCUGUGAAAGGCAGCAAAACACAACAAAGCGUCUAGUCGGCCGGAAAACCACACGAAGAAGACCAUUUAAACGGAAGUGAACAGUAACCAAGAACAAUUUUUACGUUAUCGUUUUUAUUGUUGUUAUUUAGACGUUUAUUAAAACCCUGCAUAGCAUCACAUACUUACCCCAGGUACUAUUUUAUUCGCGUUGGAGAAAGGUUAGGUUGAUGUUAUCUAGGUAACGCUAGGUAGCUAGCCUCUAACAAUGGCUGACUGUAUGGUUUUUCACACUCAAAUAGCCUCCAUUAUGGAGGUGCUAGCGAAUGCAGCCGUGGCAGAGAUCUGUAAGCUCGUAGACGACGACUACGCGGUGUUUCGUUUGGAAAUAACUCAAAGACAAAAAGAAAACAGGGCAUUGCAGAGGAAACUACAGCUACUGGAACUGAAGGUGCCACGGGACCGCGCUGACAAGACAAUGCGAGAGCGCGUCCUCGCCAGUCGUCCCAGAAGUGUCAAGAUCCUCGACAGAUACAGAGGAACCGCAAGAGUUGAAGGACUUCUUACUGGAGGCCACAGGAGCUUUGUGAAGCCAGCGGGACACAAUACAUGUAGAGAUGACCAACCAAUCACUGUUGAUGAGGGUGGUGGAACCUCAACCAAGCACGUUAUCGUGAUAGAGGAUGCAGAGGCGGCAGGUCCUGAGGUCAAGCUGGAGAGGACUCAAGAAGAGGAGGACCCACGGCACAGCAGAUGCCACUAUACUGGAACGGCUGGAGCGCCCCCUGUAGCCACAGAGGACCCCACCACCGCCCCAGCGCCACCCAUUACCCGACAAAACAUCACGGAGGAGGAGGAGGGUCCAGAGGUGCUGCUCAUGAAGGAGGAGGGGUGUGAGGAGGGUCUGGGGAACCCUGAGGGGAACAUGGCCAUGGACGACAACCAGACUACACCUCCUCCUGAACCUACAGAGGAACCAGCUGAGCAGCACAGGACCACAUACAGUCUCACUGAGUCAGUAGACAUGGAGGAAGGGAAGCCUGAUCUGCUACUAGUCAAAGAGGAGACAAUAGAGGACGAACAAGAGAGCAUUGAUCUGCUGAGUGGACUAAAGAUGGGGGAGCAAGGUGGUUGGCUGGAGGCUAACAGAGGAGACUGGGCGGCCAUCUUGGAUACCCAGGCCAGAGCAGCCAAGAGCCCAGGGGACAACAUCAUUGAGCAUGCCAGGACCAGAUGCGACAUAGUGGAGGUCAAUGGAUGGAACAGCGUCCUUAAUUCUGGGCUGGGGAACAACACUGUUAACCUCAACCAGAAACAGACGGUCGAAUACAAAACAACAGCUGAACUUAGUCUUCAUGACAACAGAUUGGCUGAGACCAGGACGAGGUUUAGAUUUAGUCUGCGGGGACGGGGAGGUGUCUGUAUGAGAACAGCCACAGACUCGGCUAGCGAUGCUCCGUCCUGCUCCUAUAGUUGUGAUUCAGAGAGACUGAUGGCGCCUCAGGUUAACCCCCUAACAGGUGCUGCCUUCAGCCUGCCUUCUAUAGGAUCUAUCAACUGGAACAUGGACCCUGCGACAACACAGACACUCCCUGGCCUUCAUCCUCCUCACACUCUCCUUAUGUUAAAUCAGACCUCAGACAAUGCCCGUACCUCAACACUAAAGGGCUACACAAGCCCAUUGACAAAUGACAGUAGUAGAGAUGGAAUCAGUAAAGGUGGCGGCGUCAAAGAGAAGCGCUUCCCGUGUUCGUUCUGUGGGAAAGCCUUCCGUUUGCUCAAACAGGUGGAGAUCCACCAGAGGAUGCACACAGGGGAGAAACCAUUCAACUGCCACCUGUGCCGGGCCAGUUUUUCAGACUCGUCCAACUUGAAGAGGCACCAGAGGGUCCACACAGGGGAGAAACCCUACAGCUGCCCCCAGUGUGAGAAGAGGUUCUCCCGCCAGCACCAUAUGAAGAUGCACCUGAAAGUCCACACGGGAGAGAGACCUUUCGCCUGUACACACUGUGGGAAGAGGUUCUCAGAGAGGAGCUAUCUCAGGAUACACCAGCAGAAAAUGCACACGGCCCAUGUAUAGUGUAAUGUAGUAUAUUUAAUGUAGUAUUAGUCAGUUUGUAGUUAAUUCUGUUGGUUUUGGAUGUAGUAGGGAACUGGAUGAGAACUGAAGAAAUAAUGAGUAUGAUGAGACAGAGAAGAUCAGGGGUUAUCAACAGGAUGGGCGGCCCCCUAAUCCUGCCUAAUGAGUGGGCAGGCCAUGCCUAUAGCAUAUCAUAAUUGCAUCAAUGAUUUAUAUAUCAAUGGUCAUAACAAACUCUGAACACCAUUACAUCAAAAUGGAUGAAGAGGACAUGACAAAUAAACUCAAAAGGUGGGAAUAUUUACAGGUUGCUCAGGAGGUAAAGGGAAAGUGGAAUAAAUGUGACCUAGUUAUGGAAAAUACUGGAGAUCAAAAAGGAGGUAAGGAGCCAGCACUGCUUAUAUAUUAUGUGUAAUAAAGUAUAAGCAUACUAGA